CCAUGAUUGCCACCAACGGAUCCCUCGCGAAUACCUCGACAGUAUGUCCGUAUGUCUGGGAAGUCGGCGAUAGGAACAUCUCUGCUACCUGCUGCUCAGCGAAGGAUUCUGGAAACGACACGACCGCGACUGUGCUUGCAUGUAAGGACGACCCUCUCUGGUGGGAGAAGAGGAGAAUCGCCUUGGACAUUUUCCGAUUCUUCGCAACUUUGUUCGCUGCGAUGUAUUUCUUUCCAAUUCCUUCUAUCAACCUCAACAUCACUGCUAAAAUUGCCGUCACUCCCCUAGUAAUUCUGGACGUCAUCAAAUUCAUGGUCAUGGCUUUCAUCCAAUGGAAAAAGACAGAGAAAUUAAUCAAAUCACUUAAAUACUAUCUGACUUUCUACGUGCUGAUCACGGGAUUUCCUAUUGGAUUUAUAGUAAAGAUUUUAGUGGCCUCGCAUUACGACGAUCCUGAAAGUGUGCCUCUCUUUGCCUUGUUUCUUCCUCAUGGAAUCUUGUUCUGUAUCCUUCCGCUGGUUGCUUUAGUGUUCUUCUUGAAAAAUAUUGACUUCUCCUACUUUUAUAUUCUGCCUACUUUGGGAAUGCUUAUACUCAUUGCUCUCUGGGCCCUAAGUAUGGUGGAGAUCAUUUAUUACGUAUGGCCCCAGAGCCUCCCAUACAUUAUCGGCUUGGAGUACCUUGUACCUUGUACUCUCUCGCUAGCGCUAGCUCCUCUGUGGCUGCUGUUACUCUGCUCGCUGGUCGUCACCCACUGCUACUUCUUCAGCAGUAUCAACAGAGGGGGAAGUGCUAAGUCAGCGGCACUGCAUCUAAUGCCUGACCUCCUCCACCUAUACGGGAUCUGCUGUACCGCUGUGAUCCUGACCGUCCACUACGACAAUCACCUAGUGUCUGCACCUGGCAUUGACCAGUACAUGAAGCCCUUCUUGUCUCUCCUGUUGGCUGAUUUGGUGGGAAUCACUGGCAUCCUUGUGAUGCUUUGCCGCCACUGUUGUUCGGUCUGUGACUAUCAGUUGGCUUGUAAGCGAUUCAAGGAAUCCUUGGGGAUCGACGAUAGCUAUUUUAACCUUGGCGUUGAGGACAAAUGUUACUGUGAGACAUGUCACAAGGCCCGGGGCGACAAGGACAGUUAUUCACGGGGUGUACCUGAGAAGACAUACGCGAUGCCUGUUGGUUGGGCCAGAUUUGGUCUCAGCUUAACUCCAAACUUUAUGGACAGCGAGUUGAACGUGUUCGAGAACUGGCACCGUGCGUACCACGGGACAGACCCUGAUAUGGUGAAGAAAAUUCUACAGAACAGCUCACAACUGCUCAUGCCAGGUGACGUGACUUUGGGUGGACGCAAAAUAAGAGAGAGGGAUGGACAUUUUACCCCUACGAGGAAACCCGAAGGGUUCGACACCGUUCAACUGUUCGUAACGCCAAGCAUCGUGUACGCUGGGUUAGAUGCCUAUGCCACUCCCAAAGAGUUCAAAGAUGGCGGUAAGAUGUACAAGGCCCGUGUGGCCUUCCAGCUGUGUAUCCGGCCGGACAGCUACGAGAUCGGACCGGAGACGGUGGGUGCCAGGAGGAGGGGUGAAACUAUUGACCCUCUCUUCAGUAAUGACGAGUUGGAAUGGUCCACAAAGGAAAGGGGAGGGACAGCACUCUACGGGUUACUUGUCAAGUUGGAACCCUUUGUUGAUGGGUCAAGCGACAUUGAUGUCGAUGAACGUUCGGAUGAAAUAGUGAGACUUGGCACAACAUUUGACUUGUUUUAUCUAACACACGCUCUGGACGAUGAUGAAGAUCCCAGAGAUUUUCUGGCUUAGACCUUGUUAUAUGGAUGACAUCCGCGCGCGCAUGAAUUUUCAUCCGUUUCCAAGAAAAAAGCUUUCGACCAUACUGUAAAACGUAUGAAGCAGAUGAAAAAUUAGCAAAUACAUACCGCAUACGAAAACAAAAUGAUACUAAU